UUUUAAUUAAAUUUCAGACGAUGUUCCCAGCAUUCCUCGGCCACCACAUGUCUGGUGCAUCACUGCGUCAAGUCACACAUUACGGCCAAAGCAUCAGAUUCGGUACCUUCAGCCGUUUCCACUACGGUCAUAUCCAGAACCUGUACACCUACGGCAGAGUGGAUCCUCCCCCCUACAAUUUGAAUCUAGUGACCGCUAGAUCCUACUUGCACUAUGGACUCGGUGAUUUGGAGACUGACUAUAGGGACAUUCUGCUGCUAGAAGAGCUGCUGCCGAAUGCAAGGGCCAUUCAAGUGCCGAGGCCUGGUUUCCAUCAUAUAGACUUUAUUUGGAGUAUGGAUGCUAGGGAGCAAGUGUAUGAGACGGCUCUUCAAAUGAUGAGGGAGGCUGAGAGAUUACAAUAA